AUUAUCAACAAUAUCUCGAAAUUUGUUUUAGCAGCAAGUGCAUUUACUUUUGCAUCCAAGAUUAAAUGAGAGAAUCCCCAUAUUUAGUGAUGCAUUUGAGUACAUUUAAAUAACCGGAUACACCAAACAAUGAGCAUGAGUUGUGAAUGGCGCACUUCAUUAUCAGAUGCAGAAAUGCCGGAUGUGAAAAAUACGCCGAAUGACGACCUAAUGGAACAACAGCUCAUAAGUGAAAUUAAAUUUGAGCCUGAGGAGGUCACAGAGACCACAUAUUUUGAGGGGCAAGGCUAUGAAGAGGAAGUUGUGACCACCGUGGGAUGCAUCGAGGACGCAAUUGGCGAAAUGUGUGAGUUGCGGGAGAAGGAGGAUGAUGAUAAUGAUGAGCACAGUGGAACACAACUUUCGGAUGCAUUAAAUGACCAUAACUACACGUCACAGGAGCUUGUACUGAGUCAACCUAGACUGGGUAGUGUUAAAGAUUUGCUCUUGAGUCAAAUUGUUUCGUCCAGCGACACGGUGCCAACGAAUGUCUCUAAUUUUGUUGACAACACCAUCAACAAGAUUAAGAUACUACGCCUGGAGAAUAGCAAAAGGGAGGCUGAUGAAUCAGUGUUGGACUUCAAUUGCUCUGAACCCUUGGAAGUGGAGCCCGGCGAUGAAUACUUUGAAAGUCUUUACAAGAAUUUUAGUGAGAAUGCAACAGGGUUGAGCAAACGACUUGCGGACACACUGAGCUGUGCCAAAGACAUACUGAAUCACUGCAAUGCGGAAACAGUGCAAACUGAAGAGGAGUUGCAAGUGUUUAUUUCGAGUAAAAUAAAAGAAUUGCAAAAGGUAGCGAAUAUUAAACAAACAACAUCGACUGAAGCAACGCAAACCAACACAAAAAGCUUCUUCAAAAAGCGGCAUCGCAUCAAUCGCAAUGCCAAAAGGAAUCUUUUGAAUUCUGAUUCAGACUCUUCACGCUACGAUUCGGAUAAUGCGAGUAGUUUUAAUGAAGCUUUUAGAUCGUGUUCUGUGGAAACUUCUACGAAACAGGCGGAUAAAGAGAGCGUACGAUGUCGGAAUCUCGAGUACAACGAUGGCAUUGAUCUCUCCAAGUAUAUUAAGUUGGAUAUAACCAAUAAGAAAUUCCGUCAAGCGUCGUGUGACAUGAAGGGCGAAGGGGAAGCUACAUGUUCUUCUGCUGACGACACAGACAAGGAAAUUGAAAGGCUGACCAACUUGAGUGGCUUAAAGAAACGUCACGUGCAGCAGCGACAGGUGAAGCUGAAGGAUAAACCGAAGACAAAACCAUUGAGUGUUAAGGGUAUUGAAGCGCUGGACGAGUCUGAAGAUGAUAUGGAAGCUCUUGACAGUGAUCAUAGUUGCAAAGAAACCGACGACGAAGCCAUCACAGAGAAUCAAUAUUUGUCGCGAUUCAAUGAGCAGAUCAAAAAAGAAUUACUCGAUGACUCCAACAGCGAUUCUGGACUGUCGGAUGAAAGCGAUUAUAAUCAAUUAAAGGAUUCAUCAUCGUCAGAGAAUGAAUCCAAAUCGGAGGUCGUCGACAAGUUUCUGCAAGUCUUCAAAUGCGACGAUGAUGGUGGCAAUACUGAAGAUAUUGAAGUUAAGCUCGAUUUGGAUGGCGUUCUAAAGGAAUCAGAUAGUCAUGACGAACAAUCAUGGCAUGACAAUAUUGUGAAGCCUAAGAGAUCGAAAAAGUCGCUGGAGAAACGUCUGGCCGAGGCGGAAAAACGCAAUCAAAAUGAGGAAAUCGUAGUGAGUUCCGAGAGUGAAUAUUCCGAAGCGGAGCCCGAACCCGUGGAGGUGAACACACGUGUGCUAAAACCAAUGCUGCGCAUGGAUCAACUGGCGAAAGAGACGCGAGCCGCACAGGAGACGGAAACCGAGCGAGUACGUCGAUUGGAGCAGAAGCAGAAAACAAUGACGAAAGCCUUAAAAAAUAACAAGAACACACAAGCAAAUGCGUUCAUACUCGAUUAUCUGGAAAAAACAAAGACUUUUGUGCAAGUCGAUGAGGAUCUUGUCAAGCUAUUGAAGCCACAUCAAAUUGAUGGUAUUAAGUUCAUGUAUGAUUCAUGCUAUGGCGGCAUUGAUCAUAGCAAAAAAAAUACGGGAUCUGGUUGCAUUUUGGCCCAUUGCAUGGGGUUAGGCAAAACUUUGCAGUUAAUCGCACUGUUGCACACAGUGAUUUCCUACAAGGAACUGAAUACAUCCAAGGUGCUAGUGCUCUGUCCGAAGAGUACGGUUAUGAAUUGGGCUGAUGAACUUCAACGAUGGCUGGGACCACUUAAAAGCAAAACCAAAUACAAAGUCUACGUCUUUCCCGAUCUAUCUGACAUUUCCGAUAAACUAAGAGUCUUGGAGGAAUGGUCUUUGUCAUCGGCCAGCAAAGCAGGCUGUUUGUUGGUUGGCUAUGAGGCUUUUCGAACUCUAGUGUUUUACAAGAAUCGCGGCAACUUGAGCACUUCCAAAUUGGAGAGUAUACGGGAUAAAGUCAAUAAAUAUCUACUUGAACCGGGUGCGGAUCUUGUGGUAUGCGAUGAGGGACACAUCAUUAAGAACAGCAAGUCGGCUAUAAGUUUGGCGGUGUCCAAAAUUAUUACACCUAAGCGCAUUAUGCUCACUGGAACGCCAAUUCAAAACAAUUUAAAAGAAUAUUAUAGCAUGGUCAACUUUAUAAAGCCACUGUAUCUUGGCACUGAAAAGGAAUUUGCCAAUUUAUAUGCGAAUCCCAUCAAGAAUGGUCAGCACAAGGACUCUAGCAAAAAAGAUAUUACUGUGAUGAAACAACGUUCCUUUGUGCUACAUAAGAAGCUCUCGAAUUUUGUGCAGCGCAAAGAAGCCGAAUUGCUAAAGACUUUUUUGCCACAAAAGUUUGAAUAUGUUUUGUUUAUUCCAAUGACUGCAGUUCAGAACACCCUCUAUGAGUAUAUUCUAGAAGCAAUUGCAAGUCGUGGCGACAGUCGAGGCAAAAGUCUUAUUACAGAUUACACCGUGUUGCGAAAGAUUUGGACACAUCCCAAAGUAUUGGAAGAUGCUUGGAAAAAUGCGAAUAUGCAAAAGAACAAAAAAGAAACGAAAAGGGCGGGAGUGCCGCACUCAGAUGAUGAUCAACCAGAUGAUAUCUAUGACAGCCAAACUGGUACUAUAUCGGUGACUAAUGAUUGGUGGCGAAAAGAUCUUUCCAAAAAGGAUUUGGAAACUAUAAUGCCCAGCAACAAACUGCGUACAAUGUUUACGAUAUUGCGAAUGUGUGAAGAGAAAGGCGAAAAAUGCUUAAUCUUUUCGGCUUUUGUUGCCGUCUUGAAUGUCGUUGAGUAUUUCUUUAAGAAAAUAACCGAAUCCGAUCCGGAGAUCUUACAACACACGCAUAUACCCACGACAUUUAAGUCUAGCAAUUCGUGGAUAAAUGGACAGGAUUAUUACAGGCUGGAUGGGAAGACGCCCAAGAACAUUAGGCAUGAGAUGAUCAAACGAUUCAACAGCGAAGCCAAUCGAAGAGCUCGCGUCUUCUUGAUCUCGGCUAAGGCUGGCGGUCAGGGCAUCAAUUUGAUUGGAGCCAAUCGAGUCAUCAUAUUGGACACUUCAUGGAAUCCCUCGAACGAUCAACAAAACAUCUUUCGGAUCUUCCGCUUGGGCCAGAAAAAAAAUUGCUACAUUUAUCGUUUGAUUGCAAUGGGCACAAUGGAGGAGAAGGUGUACACGCGGUCCGUGACGAAGCAGGCGAUGAGCUUUCGCGUUGUGGAUGAGCAGCAGAUCGAUAGGCAUUAUAAUAUGGCAGAACUCGCUGAGCUUUAUACUUUAACGAAACCAGUGCAGAGUGAAAGAACGAUGCCUGUGCUGCCCAAGGAUACGAUAUUGGCUCAUCUGUUGCGUCAGUCGGAGCUGGUCUACAAGUAUCAUGAACAUGACAGUUUAUUGGAGAACAAGGUGGAACAGGAGCUGAGCGAGCAGGAGAAAGCCGAUGCAUGGCAUACUUACGAGCGGGAAUUACAAAUGAAUUUGGCUCAACAAGAGGGAUUAACUGCCGACAAAAUGCCCAAUGCUAUGCCAGCGUCAAAGCUAAAUCCAUAUCCGGGACUUGAUAUGCAAACGCUAUUGAACUACAGUCUCCAAUCAGCCUCGUUGAUACCACAAUAUGGCUACAACUUGAGUCAAAACUAUUUGGAUACAUUAUCGAUGUACCAAAAGUAUUCGGCAUUGCGAUUUAAUGACAUGAAUACCGAUCUGAGCAGUUAUGCGUCACCUUUCGGAGUUUUGCCAAAUGCGAAUCGCAUGCAGCCGAGUGCUCAGCUGAUGUCCACAAUGCAGAAUCUUGCCAAUGCCUCCAAACCACAUUCAAGAGAUUUGGGUUUGCCCCGCACUGGCCAACCUUUAGCACAUCCAACGAUGCAUCAUCCAUUAACCACAGAGUCGCCAUCUCUUGCCAGCUUAUCGGCCAAUGCCAGUGCCAAUAAUGUGCUCUCCACUUUGGGACAAUACAAACAGUUCCUUGACAAUCCGUUGUCCAGUUUGUUAAACUAUUCGACGUCUUAUUCGGCUUUAGCUCAAGGUGGAGGUCUGCAUCCCAAUCCCAAUGAAAUACUUGAAGCUGUAGACAGUUUGAAUAAAAGGGAUAAGACAACAAAAUCACGAACGUCUGUGGAUCAAAACAAGACGUUAACUGCGCCUGAUAUUAGAGCAACAAUUGCGCCUAUCGUAAGCUCAGUGGAUCUGACGACAACAACGCCAGUAAAUGUGCCUGUCAAGAAUCCCGUGCCAAUGAAGAAGCAUCCAGGACCUCCGACAACAUCGGUUGAUCUCACCACAACGACAACCUUUGCUGACACGUUGGCAAAGAAAACCACCCAGCAAAGUGACAUCGACAAAAGCGUGAAAUCCACAAAGCCAACAAAUGUAAAUUUCCCUUUGGGAUUUCCCAGUGAUGCAGCAUCGGCAUUGCCCAAGGAUUUCUUGAAAAACAACGCUGCCAUGCAGAUAAUUCCCACCACGAGUCCGCCAGGCACCAGCAGUAUUACCAAGCAACUCAAUGAAAUUUCGCCAAGCAUUUCGCUAACUGCGGUCAAUCCACCCACCGAAAUCGCCAAAUCUCGCCCGCAAGAUGUGCAAAAAUCUCCAAAUAUCACGGCGCCCAAUAUUCUCAAAUCGAAAAAGGCCCCAAACCCGAAUGUAUUUUCACUAUCAAAAACUGUACGAGAUAAAAAUUUGCCAGCGAACUUCAUGCCAACCAAAAAAGUACCAGACAAUUACAAUUUGAUGAGUGGCGAUUUGGGCAAGGUUUCCGUAAGCAGCGUUAAACCCGUAUCGAGUGUUAAUCAAAAAACUACAACUCCGAAUUCACCAAAUAUUAUUCGACCCGUCGCAACUAAUCAGUUGUUGAGCAGCAGUCCGGCAACAAAUGCGACUCAACAGUUUCGACAACAACCAUUGGCCAAUGAAGCCAGCAAGAAUAGUGGCAAUAAAGCCAUAAAGGAUGUGAAUUUCCAAAGUGAUAGCAGAAAGAGAUUAUCAGACAACAUGAAGUCGAAUGUAAAUAGUAAGCGAACAAAGUUACCUAAUGACAAUAAUCCAUUUGUAUAGUUUUGAGCUGCGAACAAUUAUCUCAUCAACGCUGGCGCAACUUAAGAAAUAUUUGUUAACUUCUGCGAAUUGCAAGCUCAAGUUUAUCAAUGUUAUAUGUAUCUAGUGUACAACUGUUUUUGACUAAGCGCAAUAAACAUUUUUGUAUUAAAAAAGUUUGUUACAAUCUUAAUUGAUACUAAGAGUGAGAAGUAAAGAAAUAAGUGAUAUUUCAUCUGGUAUGUGGUCAAAUUAAUGUGUCACUUUCUAUAGGGUGAAAUUUCCAUAAGUCAUCGAACAAACUGGUUUAUCGCACAAUUAAUAAUUAAUAAUA